AUGUCCUUAAGAAUGGAGUUCAGACCCGCGACUCUGCUACCAGCCGAGCAGCCGAAUAUCACUACACUCUGUACCGCCGCUUGGAAGAAGUACUCAGACCUCAAGAGCUCAACCGAGGCAAUCGUCUACUCCUCUAGCGGUCGAUGGUGGCACUUCAACGACAAUGACACGAAGGACCAUAUUACCGUCCGGUACAACCGCAGGAUUGGUGGCAACAGAGUUCAUAUCUAUCGGGACGGGUCCGUGAACCUGAAUCCUCAGAAGUCUACGCGCUCGAGGACUGCCAGGGCUGCCGAUGAAGAGGGUUACGAUACCGUGUCGGAGAUCUCAGGAGAAGAAUUCGAGGAGGAAGGAGAACCGACGGGAAACUAG